CAACAUACAACUCACCCCUGCAUCUUCUCACUCUCCCUCAGUGACGGCAAUUCUUCAUUGACCUGACACAUCCUGAGCUGUGAAGCCACCGGCCAAGACCCACGAUCCGCCACCCGCAGAGUCCAGUCGAGCACCCGGGUGAGUCGUGACAACUUUGUGCGAUGACUCAACUUUUCAAGGCGACCGAAGCCAGCAGGAAGGUAGCACUCGAAGGCUCCAUGAUGGCGAUGUUCCGGAGCUUUGUCUCUUCGAGCACCCAGAUGAGGCCGCAGCAAGCGAGCAGCGGUGCCCCGGCUGAGAGCGUCGAGAGCCAGUUUUCCUGUCCCAUCUGCCUGGAGGUCUACCACAAGCCCGUCAGCAUCGCCAGCUGCGCUCACACGUUCUGUGGCGAGUGUCUGCAGCCGUGUCUUCAGGUGACCUCACCUCUCUGUCCUCUCUGCCGAGUGCCCUUUGACCCUAAGAAAGUGGAGCGGUCGUCCAGUGUGGACAAGCAGCUGGCCUCAUACAAAGCUCCCUGCAGGGGCUGCAGCAAGAAGGUCUCUCUUGUGAAGAUGAGAUCCCACAUUGCGUCUUGUUCUAAAGUACAGGAGCAGAUAGCCAACUGCCCCAAAUUUGUCCCGGUGGUUCCGACCUCUCAGCCCAUACCCAGCAAUAUCCCAAACCGCUCCACCUUUGUGUGUCCCUUCUGUGGGGCCCGGAACCUGGACCAGCAGGAGCUGGUGAAGCACUGCAUGGACAACCACCGCAAUGACCCCAAUAAAGUGGUGUGUCCCGUGUGCUCGGCCAUGCCCUGGGGAGACCCCAGCUACAAGAGCUCCAACUUCAUGCAGCAUCUUCUCCACAGGCACAAGUUUUCCUAUGACACCUUCGUGGACUACAGCAUCGACGAGGAGGCAGCGCUGCAGGCAGCUCUGGCGCUGUCACUGGCUGAGAACUGACCAGCAGCUCCUCCUGCUGCUCCCUCUGCUGCUGCUCCCGAGGUACAGACACACACACCCAGGCGACACCAGGAUCCACAGAGAAGGUGCUUGAGGACAUAUUCGAGUCAGUGAAGGCGCUGGGAUCACUGGUGUCCAGAGGUCUGGACCGUGGUUUGGAGCCUGAAGCAGCAGAACUGCGUUUCUUCUGUCAGCCUCCAGGGGGUGCUGAUGAGUCUCUGCAGCAACUAUAAUGUUCCUGAAUAAAGUUUGAGGGGGUUUUCGACCCCAGAUGUUCCCGAGUUCACUCAUGUCUGUGCCGUCACACCCUUUUUAGGUCCAGACCACAUUGGCUGGGCUGUCUGGGCUCCUUUCCAACGUUCCCCUCCAAUCCCAGGCAGAGGAUAGCGUCAUGCUGCUGGCUGUAUUUAUAACAGUACAUAACUAAGUAUAUCUGCUGCCACGAUUAAUAAACAAUGAAAAUUAUUAAAUAAAUUCAACUUCCUGUGACAACACUAUGUCACAGUGAUGUAACUUCCUGUAGCCUGCAACGCCACUCCAGUUACAAUGAGACUGUGUGGAGUUCAGAGGCAGAUGUUCCACUGAAGUGUUGAGGAGCUGCUCAGUUGCUCGUAUGGUCAUCAUAUCCUGUGCAGACAACAGUUAUAUGCACAAGACAACUGAAGCAUUUGUGUUGAUGAGUGGAUUUAUUAGAUUCUACCGAGCUUCCCCUCCACCUCACGGCCAGCUGAGUUCUUCCAGAUGAUUCUGUCACCAUGCAUGGGUCUGAACCUGGUCUCACAUCUGGGUUGGUCAGUUAACAGCCACGUGGCCAUUUGAGCUCUUCGUCCUCACAGUGAAGAGAGAGCCACCUUGACUCCACAGCUCUCCUGGAUCAGCCGUGGUGUCAUGCUUCUCCUCAGCCCUCUGAGACAGUGUGAAAGAGUUUGCAUGCGAUCGUCCUGCUGGACUGUGAAGGACGCAGCAGUUGUGCUGAGCUCAAAGGCGGCGGUUGUUUUGAAUCCUCUCUUCUCGUGACGGUCAGUUCUGUUGGACUAGUUCUCUUCUUGGACUCUUCAGUCGUGUGGGAUGUUUGAGCCGGGCGUGUUGUGGAGCCUCUUCAACUGCCGCUCACAGUGACAGUGACGCCUGAGAGACACCAUUUAUAGACUCGUAUUCGAGGAUGAACUUGGGCGCAGCAGGCAACAACAGAGCCAACUGAAGAGCUCCAGUCUGAUCCCCGGCCACUGAGGGAAAUGAAAUCCAGGAAGCUGAGGUCCAGUGGCUCCCAGCAUGUUGUGAGGUGCUCCUCUGGACCUCAGUGUAAAUACUGUACUCGACUGCUGACAGAGGUCCGGUAGCCCUCAAUGUUGCAUGUGCAGGAUGGAAACCUGAAGACUGUCCCUCAUGACCAACACAGAGGUGCAUCAGCCACCAUCGUCCAGGGAGGCCACUCAGACCCAGGUCCUCUCAGAUCAUUACGAAGAUUCAAUUCACCUAAAACUGUUUAAUAACAGCGGAGGAAGUCAGAGUUUCAAUGACCUGCACAAACAAGGUCAAAACACGCAAACCUGGCUAGUCUUCCUAUCACCUGGCACCCUGGCUAGCUGGGACAAACUUAUCUAUGACAGGAAAAAAUGUCCACAGGUUGGCCUCAUGUAGCAGUCACAUGACCACGGUCUGCAAAUCAGUGAUCUCUCUUGGACCACGCCGGACUCGUAAGGAAACUAGAUUCAUCAAGGUCGUGGUGAGAACUGCGCCUCUGUGUUGUUCACAUGAUGGUUCAUAUGCAUUUGAAAUAGUUGUCACUACUGUUCACCUGCUCUCUGGCAACAGAGACGUGUCUCACUGUUGGCUUUUUUAUCCAAACAUGAUCGAAUUGUCGGAUAUUUUGUAGCAUUUUUCCUCAAAUAAAAAGACAAACCGAA